AUGGACGUUCCACAUGAUGCCCCCGCCAGCUCUCUAGAUCCCUGGCACAGCCUGCUCCUGGAGCGCCUGUGCCUUCGUGGAAGCUUCUUCAAGCCGCUUUUUGCUGGGCUGAGCAGGGAAUGUGGAGCAGGGGGGAAGGAGGAAGAAAGGGAGGAGGAGGGAGAGAAGGGAGGGGCAGCUUCUUUGUCUCUAAAGCAGCUUGAUGAGGGGCGGUUCAGGUGGGAGCAAGCAGGGCUGCUGUGGGGGGUGUGGGGGGCCCUGGCAGCAGUAGCAGAAGCACAGGGCGUUUCAGCUGGGGUUGGGGGAGGGGCGAAGGGGGAGAGCGAGGAGAGUGAGGAGGCAGAUGGCAAAGUGGCGAAGGAGGGGAAAGGAGCGGAGCAAAAAAAGAGGGAGCAAGGAGAAUCUUUUCCGCUAGUGGGCCCGGGCAGUUUGAAUUUUCUCCUGACCGUUUGCAGAGAUUCCGCACGAGCUGUGGCACGGGUUCAGGCCCAGGGUCUGCUGCUGGCUCCUGGCUAUCAGGUGGGGCAUGCUAGUCAGAUGCCUAGUAACGAGGUACCUCAUAACAAAGCUAUAUCAGCACGCCACAUCCUCCGAUUCUCCCUGCACUGCCUUCGCAUCCUCGCAGCCCUGGACCCCGUACCAGCUGCCGAACCUGUCACAUCAGGCUCGGCAGUCUCAGUCUCGGCAAGCAAGGACCUGCUAGCGGCGGUUGGAGGUUCGGAGCUGAUUCCCCUCCUGCUUGACCUGCUGCAUGGACUGGGCCCCCCUGCUAUCGCAUCAGCAGCAGCCACAGCAACAAGAGAAACAACAGCAACAGGAACAGCAGCAGCAUCAAAGGCCCCCCACAAAGCACCAAGUUCAAUCAGAGAUCAAGAGAUAGGAGCAGCAGCAGCUACAUUUCCACCAGUCCCAACCGCUCUGUACCCAUCAUGUAACCCGUACCCUGGUUACCGCAGGGAUGUGGUGGCAGUGAUUGCAAAUGCGGGUCAUGAGCGCAAGGCAUACCAGGAUGCUGUGAGGUGCUAUACGGCUCCUAGCGUUCCGGUAUCUGCUGCUGCUGGUGGUGCUAUUGCUGCUGCUCCUCGUGGUGCUGUUGGUGGUGCUGCUGCUGCUGCUGCUGCUGAUAACAGUGCCACUGCCACCGAUGCCACCAAAGACAGCAGCAGCAACCCCCACCCCACUGGCAACCCCACCCCCGCCAUCACCCCCAGCAGCAGCAUCAUGAGCAGCGGUCUAUUCCUAGUCCUGCAGCAGUGUGUGGCAGGCGACAGCACACAGGGCGAUGAUCUCCUCAGGGAGUGGGGGCUGUGGGCCGUGCGGAACCUUCUAGAAGGCAACCCCAAGAACGCUGCUGACGUGGCGGCUCUGGAGGUGAGAGGCGGGGCGCAGACGGAGGGGUUGAGAGAGAUGGGGCUGGCUGUUGAGGUGGAUGAGAGGAGUGGGCGGCCGAAGCUGAGGAAUAUAGGGGCAGAUGAGCGGUGA